AUGAACAAUAUUAGUAGAGCAAUAUUUAGAACGAUAUCGAAAAAUAGUAGCAGCGGUUGUAUCACGAGAGCAACGUUUAGCACAUCAUGUAUAAAUAGCAAUAGUUUCAACAACAACACGACAUCAUCGACAUUUACAUCGACAACAUCGUUACCAUCGUUAUUAUCAUCAUCUACAGCUGCAUUGACAAAUGGUGGAAACAACAAUUCAAAUAUUAAAAGAACCAAUAAUAGAACAAUCAACUCUUUACCAUUCUUGUUUGAAUGUUUUGGUAUGAGAAACUCUAAAACGACGAAAAGAGAGAGAUAUAAAACAAGGGAAUCAUAUUAA